UUUAAAAUAUGACUCAAUUUGUUAUUGUUUUUUUUAACAUUUGAGUACUUAACAUUACAUCCUGGUACGUUGAACUUAACAUUUCUCAGUUGCGAAAUGAUAAAUUUAACUCGUUGCGUUUCUCGUGGGAUAUUUUAGUGAAGUAUUAUCUCCGGAUGAUACGAGCCCGUGUCACAUUUUUAUUACUCGACUCGUGCGCAGUCAGACAAAACAUAUUCAGUUCUUAAGAGAAAAAUGUUUUUUUCUCGUUCAUGUGACAAUGGUUUACAGAGAAUUUAUAUUAUUAGUCGUACUAAUUGAUUUAACGUUCGCUGUGAGAAUUAAUUUCACCAGUUGCCAACAAACUGAGUGGAUCUGUGCUAAUAAUAUAUCAAGUGACGUUGUCUAUAAUUGUGCCGCAGUUAGAGCUAAUGAAUUCGUUAUACAUUUAAGAGAUUUUUACACGGAUCAUUUAGUGAUCUUGACGAUACAGAAUUGCAAAGACUUAAAAGUAAUAAUCGAUUGCCCUGUUUUGCAAAGACCCUCGAGGCUACAAUCAUUUAAAGUCAAAAAUUGUGAUCGCCUCGAAUUUGCAACGCUUACAUCAAAUUCUGCAGUUCAGACACCGUCCGAUAUCAAUUUGGAAAACGUUAAAGAAAUUGUAAAUUUACCGAGGAAACUCUUUAAAUCGCCAACCAAUGCUUUGGAAUCAAAAUGCUUAGGAGCAACUGCAUUGAAGAAAAUCCGCGUCGCUAAUAGUAAAAUAUUUUCAAUAAAUACUAAAGCUAUUUAUAAUGUUAGCGGAGCGAGGAGUAUCGAAUUUGAUAAUGUAACAAUUACAAAUGUUCAAACGCAAGCGAUAGAAGUUAUCGGCGUUGAUAAUAUAGCUUUUAUAAUGAACAAUUGUACCAUUGAUAAUUUAGAAUCGAAAGGCUUAACAGUUCAAAGUAGAAAUACAAUAAUAUCUAAUAAUGUUUUCAACGAUAUUGUUGCAAAUAGUAUUAAUGUAACGUCAGAAAUAUUAAACGUUAAUAAAAAUAAUUUCAAGGAGAUACGAGCUAAUGGACUGAUGCUUAACGCAGCUAAGACAGAUUUUACAGAUAAUUACAUUAAAGUACUUAAAAGUAACGCUUUGACAAAUAUUAAAUGUUUAAGAAGACGUGUGAACAGAAAACAUUUUAAAUUCAUUAGAAAUAGAAUUGAAAAUGUCGAACCGUACUCUUUAAAUUUCGAUUACCAAAGCUGCAAAUCUAGUGGAUCCACAGUUAUGUAUCAAGAUAAUAAAAUAGACUGUAGAUGUCGAAAUGUUGCUUACCUUGCCUCUACAGUAAGAAACGAAUUGCAUGGUAUUAUUUUGAAUGUAUCGAACUCUAAUACUUGUGUAUCUGCACCUUGUUCUUUGCCAGUCGAAGUUAUAAAAUUGUUAUUGGAUAGUGCUAUGUGUCAAAUAAAUCUCGAUGCUCAAGUUAUGUGCUUAUUAUAUAACGAUAGACAUACAACUAAUUAUGAUAUAACAACAGAUGAAGAUGUAACAGAACCUGCACCAACGUUUUAUUUAAUCAGACAAGCGAAUGCGCCUAAAGGUGACGCGAGCGCAGCAAUGACGGCUAUAGAUAAAGAUAAUCUUUUAAAAGACAGUCAUCUUAAUAUGACGAAUAGAACGACGAUCAAAGUUGUCUUUGAUUCUUCGAGAGAUUUUGUCGAAACAUUGAGGAGUACAAAAACGAGUUAUAACAAACCAGAAGUUCAGAAGCCUCAAGCAAAAGAUGAAUAUGUAAGCCAUUGUACAGGGGCUCACUGUCGGAACACAGUCGCCUACAAUAAACAGAAAGCUUUAGAAUUUUAUAAAUAUGUAUACGCUCAAUUACGACCGCCAAAACAAUUAGAUAAUAAGAAAAAGAAAACAUGAUUUUUUUUGUAUUAUUUACUAAAUAAAUUUGUUAUCUGUUUAUUUGGAUAUUUGUACCUUGGA